AUGGAGUCUCUUAUAAGGCAUUGUUAUGUUAUGAAUCCCAAAGAAUUUGCCAAGGAAAGCAAUGGUGAUGAUGUUUAUUUAUGUGAAUAUGAAUAUGACAUACAUUGGCAUACUUUCAAGCGUAUUGUAGAGAUUGACAAUUGUGAAGGGGAUGAUGAAGAAGUUGACAGUGAUGAAGAUUGGAGUUCUUGCAAGGAUUAUGACUCUAAAAUAGAAGACAUGGAACAUGAAGAGAAAUGCAGGAAUUUAGUCGCUAGUCAAUUCCCCACACAUCAGUGGGCUGUAGAAUGGGCUUUUCCUUUAUUAGAUUAUGUGGUUAAUAGUUUGGUGGCUAUUUGA